AGUGUCUGUGUGGUCCCGUGCUCGUGUGACGGUGCGGAGUCAACAAGAAGAAGACAUGGCUGACCCUCAGCAGGACCGGGGAUGAAGACGCUGUCAACACCUUAAAGUAAAAGCUGUCUGUCCAGGUAUGGGGGCUGUUUCCAGCCACAGUGGGCAGGACGACAACCAGUCUAUAAUUUCAAAGGAUGACAACAAGAAGGGGGGCUCCAACAGGAGGCGCAGCUCAGGAGACACUGUGGACUGUCCCUCCUGCAAGGGCACUGGACGUAUGCCCAGAGGGCAGCAGAGCGAGCUGGUGGCUGUCAUCCCCUGUAAUGACCAGAGGCUGAAACCCAGACACACGAAGCUGUAUGUCGCUGUGUCUGUUGGUGUGUGCCUCCUGUUCAGCUCCCUGGUGUUGUUCUUCCUGUUUCCUCGCUCUGUCCUCCUCUCUCCAGUCAGCGUCAAAUCGUCCUUAGUUUACUUCAUUGACGACGAUGUCCAGAUCAACAUCACGAACGUCCUGAACAUCACCAACCAGAACUUUGCGACAGUGCAGGCCUACAACCUGACAGUGCAGGCCCUGAAUUUUCACACGGUGGUGGGAACAGUGCUGAUUAAGAACGUCACCACCAUCAAACCUCUGUCUACAACAAUGUACUCCUUUGUGACCCCCGUCAAGCUGACAGACUCUGGACUGAGUAACUACUGUAAGACACCUUCCUAUCCUGUCCACAUUCUGUAUCUGCACCUACAGAUGACUAUGACAGUGUACUACCUGGUCCACUAUGAGCAGCUCUCACUGGAGUCGUACGAGUACAUCGACUGUGGAGCAAACACCACCGUACCACACAGUAUGCAACCCCCACCCCCCUGAUAAACUCAGAGUGGAAUAUUUGUGCCUGGAAUGUUUUUUUUUUUUUUUUUAAUAUCUCACCCUAUCAUAUCUGAUGAAUCUGAAUUGUCUAGAUGAAGAAUUGACUUUUUAAACCCUGUCCUACAUCUUAACGAAUGAAUGAAUGGAAGAAGGAUGGAUUCAAAUGCACCACUCUCGCCACCCCAACUGACAUCUGUACAGUUUUACAGAUAAAAUUGCACAGAGGAGGAAAGCCCAGAGAAAAUUUUGAGGCUGAGUGGAUGAUGUUAAGAGGCCAAAGCCAACUUUAAAGCAGUGAGGAGACUGAAGUUGGAGCAGAAAUUCCACCCGUGGACCUGAAUAUGUUCUGAUUUCAGCUGAAAGUCGUGAAAAUGUUGUGAUUGUUUGUGUUGCAAAUCACUAUUCAGUAAGUGUAAGUGCAUCAGCUAUAUUUUGUAAUUUUUAAUGAGCUGAACGGAGCUGAACUACAGUAGAUGUGUCUAAUAGUAGUCUCCAAGUGAAAAAUUGCACAGUAACUUUUUUUGUAUGGUAGAAAUCCAAACAACUGAAAUUAUGGACUAUAUGAAACUUUUUAUUUUAUUUUAUUUUUGUGCCUUGUAACUUCUAAUCACAAUAUAUGCCGUAUACCUUCAGGGUAUCAACAUGAUUGUCCACAGUCGUCAAUAAAAUGCUAAAACACA